AUUUCAGAUAAUAUUGAUUUUUGGGAUAAAACAAGAAAAUGAAGUAUGAGUGAAUGAACGAAAGACUAUGUUUGAGAUAUGAGUUCAGAGAAACUGUCCCAUGCAGUUGAAGAGUUGAAGAGUCCUAACUUCAGAUCUUAUAUUCAAACAAGUUUAGAUUUCUCUCUCCUUGAUAUAUGCCCCCCCUCCUAUCCUGGGGAAUUACUGCUACCAGAGCUAGAACCAAGGUUUGAUUGUGGCGAGGAGUACCUGGAAUUCCUUGAUGAUUAUCCCAGUGAGCCACCAACACCAGAUUUUUUAGGAUUAAGGAAUGGUGGUUACAAUUUGGAAGAUUGGGGCUCAUCUUCAUCUGCCCCGCCCUCCCCUCCCAUAGUAUUAUUUUUAUUAUUAUUAUUAUUCCCCAGGUAG